CUCUCCCUUUCUCCCUGAUCUGUGGCUGGAAGAGCAAUAUUUGUGAAUAUAUUUCAUGAUCGAAGCAAGGUAUUGGGGUUGGAGGUUGCAGGCAUGAAGCUUCUUUGAGUAGUACAAGGAAGAGAAGGGAACAAAUCUGAUCUCUAGGACUAGGAUCAAGAAGAAGGGGGAGAAACAAGCAAGCUGGCGACUAAUCCGUGGUGGGCUGGGCAGCUUGGCCUCCCGAGUGGGCCGGUUGCGGGCGGAGGAUCCGUCUCCGACGAUCACACGCAGCCGGAUAACAUGGGCCCCAAGGAGUCCGACUUCGGCGGCAGCAGCGGCGGCAACGAGGACGACAAAGACAACGACAGCGAACCGCGGGAGGGAGCGAUCGUGGCGGCCAAUCGCCGCCCUCGAGGCCGCCCUCCGGGGUCCAAGAACAAGCCGAAGCCGCCCAUCUUUGUGACCCGUGACAGCCCCAACGCGCUGCGCAGCCACCUGAUGGAGGUCGCCGCCGGGGCCGACGUGGCCGAGUCCCUCGCUCAAUUCGCGCGCCGCAAGCAGCGCGGCGUCUGCGUGCUCAGCGGCUCUGGCGCGGUCGCCAACGUCACGGUCCGUCAGCCCUCCGCGCCUGGGGCCCUCGUCGCGCUCCACGGUCGCUUUGAGAUCAUCUCCCUCACGGGGACCUUCCUCCCGGGACCGUCGCCGCCCGGGGCCACGGGGCUUACGGUGUACCUCGCCGGGGGGCAGGGGCAGGUGGUGGGCGGCAGCGUGGUGGGGCCUCUGAUGGCGGCGGGGCCGGUUAUGGUGGUGUCCUCAACGUUCUCCAACGCCACCUAUGAGAGGUUGCCUCUGGAGGACGGGGAGGAGAGUGGCGGCAUGGUGGCGGGGGACAUGGCACAGCUGAUGCCCCCGGGCGGAGGUGGCGGGCUGACAGAUCCAUCAGCGUUACCGAUAUAUAACUUGCCGCCGAACUUGGCGCACAACGGAGGCGGCGGCGGCCCUCAAAUGGGGCAGGAGCCCUUCGGAUGGGCUCAUCCCCGGGCACCAUUCUAGCUAAUCCAUCGCUCGAUCUACUGCCUCAGUUAAUGGCUAUCAACUCUUUAUCUCUCUAGAUAUGAUCUCUAAACUUCAAAGCUCUUCUUAUAAGUUUGCACUUCAUCUCUGCUUAUCUAUUCAGUUCUUUAGCUAGUGUAUGUAGCUGUCUCAAGCUCCAAUUAAUUUGAAAAAUUAUGGGACUUCUAUUUCUCAUAAGCAUAUAUAUAUUUUGGGGACUUUAAUGAUAUAUAUACCUUGAUGUUUUCGGAUUAGAUUAUCAAUUAUUGAGCUUUCAGUCAGAUAUAUAUAAUUGCAUGGAUUAGAUUACAUUGUGCACAGAAUCCUAAAAUACCAAUAGAACAGUGCCGUUGAUGCACCAAUGAUUUAGCAUGUGUUAUUUUAAUUUGUCUUCUACAAAUUAACUUAAACUUUGUUAGUAACUAGUACUUGUAUGCAUUUUGCUUAGAGUUUAUAUUUUUCUAGUAUCAUCUUCUAAUGUUAUAUAAUUGAGAAAAUGUUUAAUGGAUAAUUGUCUUCAUGCAGCAUUAAAUGCAAAUUCUUCAGUCACUGACCAUGUAUAUGCAUAUAUUUCUUAAGAACUCCUCUUUUUGUUUAUUCAGUAUUAAUUUUAUAUAUUUUAGAUCAUGAUACGGGUGAAAGACAUAUUUUAUGAAGUUUGGAUGUGUUGUCUAUAAAGCAUACUAAAGAGAGACAGACAAACUCUUUUUAAGAUAUAACCUAGAAAGCUAAGGAGGCAAGAAACCCUACUAGGAUGUGUAGAUAAUUCCUCUGCGUGAAAAAUCUACUUGGACAAAAAUACAUUAUUAGGUGUUGAACCCAAUCCCUAUGUAGUUAGAUACAAAUAUAAUGAACUAGUUAAACAAUAUUUCAACAUAAUAUUCUUGUGUAGGGCAACAUCUAACCAAGUAUUUGUUGGUGAUUCGUUGAAUUGGUCCGACUACAAAAUGAUAUCUACAAGUAUUAAACAUUUGUUACAACGAUGUUGUAAAUAUUUGCUAAAGUUAUGUCUGUAGAGGUAGUGUAAUCUUGUGUGGUAUUAAGAAACAUCUCUCUUAUUAUUAGAUUGCAUACAGCAAGAAAGUACGUUCUUAGUAAAAUAUGUUUUUG